AUGUGGUAUAGCUCACUUAAGGACUCACUUAAGUCAGAUAAGAAUCUGAGGUACAAAGAUUUCUUCCGAGCUGUAACCAUAUUAAUGAGAAUACAGAAAGCUGCUGUGGAAUUACAAUUAGAUUGCCGUAAGUCCCCUCCUUUGACCUCUACAAUAGAGUACUAAAGUGAUGACGUCAUAAAAAUGUAAUAUCUGAAAUUAUGGGAUUUGUCAGGAUAUUCUGAAAGAACAAUGUCCAAGAGGCCUACUUGCCAAAAAUGAGCAUUUUGGGGCAAAUUGUCUCUGAGAUCGUAGCCCAGUUAUGCUUAGAAAACCCUAUAUAAAAACCCUUCUAAAUUUAGGAGUUUUCUAAGCAUAACUGGGCUGCGAUCUCAGAGAUAAUUUGCCCCCAAAAUGCUCAUUUUUGGCAAGUAGGCCUCUUGGACAUUGUUCUUUCAGAAUAUCCUGACAAAUACCAUAAUUUCAGAAAUUUCAUUUUUAUGACGUCACACUUUAGUACUCUAUACCAAAGUUUUAUGUGUAAGAGAGAUGACAUAAAUGUGACACUUAAUAAUUAAUUAUUCAUAUUCUUCUUUAUUUAUCAUUAAUUAAAUAAUUGUAAUUGAACUGAGUGGAUUGCAAUUUGGUCUAAAAUCAUAUGCGUCAUUUCAAAGUUGUUCAAUUUGAAAUCACAAGUAUGAUUUCAGACUAAAAUUACCUGACAUGAAGUUUAGUUGCCACUUUAUUACAGAGAGGUUUGAAAUCACAGAACUCAAUCAGUGACAAUAUUUGAUCAAUCUAGUAGCGAGUAGAAAAAGAGGCUUUUACUUCUCAUUUUGUAUUCAAAACAAAAAUGAUGCGAUAAAGAGGAAAAAUGGUGCGAUUUAGAAUGUAAAUGGUGUAGUUUAGAGCAAAAAUGAUGCAAUUUUAAUAGAAGAGAUGUGAUGUAGAGCAAAAAAUGGUGUGAUUUGUGAAUAAAUCACUUCUGUCAGCCACUCAGAUUGCUAGGAUCACCAGUCAGGUUUUCAAAAUGGAUGUAAUAAAAUAAAAUUAUCUGCAUAUAAUUUGCUGUAAUUUAUUGCAGGGAAUAGAGUUAAUAGUAACAAUAGUAUUAACAUUUUGUUAUCUGUUGCACUUUUGAAAAUACUGCAAAUUUACCGAACCAAACAGCAUUUUACUUUUAACAAGAUUCUGAUCUGUACUUCACCAUUCUUUUAUUUCACAAAGAACUUUGCAUCCUUUUUUUGCGUAAGUAUGCUGAAUAAGUCAAGUAUGUCAGUUGACCAGAGACGUGGAGUCGAAGAAAAAUGCCUUCUUUGAAGCUAAAAUCCCAAAAGUGCUGUUAAGUAAAGUUGGGACCUGACUAAUAAUUACUAAGAAUGUGACUGCAUGUACAUCGUUUUCCCUCUAGGAAAGUGGGGAAAUGAAAGUGAUGGAGUGGUAGAAGUCUGUUUGUUUCCUUGGAGCAAAGCUACCCUUCCCACAGUUGAAGAUAUCAUCACAUUGUUUAAUUUUCAUCCUAAGCUGAGCGAAAAGCCGAUGGUAGAUACAAGUCAUAAAAAGCAUGAUGAUGAUAAUGAUGAUGAUGAUGAUGUGCUGAUGAGGAAACUAAGCUGCAAUAGCUUGCGAUCGUUCAUAAAAGACGACAAACAGAGAGCAGUAAAUUUCUUUAAAUGGCUUAGAAAAAUAUUCACACCUUUCAUUUACAUUGGUAUUGGCUGUGAUUUAAUGAAUCCAGUUAUUUGUUUCUUGUUGGGACAUGUUGCUCCAGGUUGGGUUGGAGGAGUGUUAACAUCUUUGGUUUGCACUUAA